AUGAAUGUUUCAGGAAUCGAAAAUGAAUCGUCGCGCGAUGUCCGAAAUCAUCUUGAUGUGAUGACGAUGACGCCGAUGAACUCAAAGAAAUUGAAGAGGAUCACCCCAAUUGGGACAUUCAAGCGUACUUCGCAAACGCAGGCCAUUCGAAAAGUCUACCCAAAAAUUGGAUCCCAGAAAAAAUCGAGACCAUGUCGAAAUAUCGAAUUCGAUUAA